UGGGAAAGGAAGACUUUCUCCAUCAACAGAACGUUUCUAUCGCCGAUCUGUUGAUUACUUUCUUUUUUGAUCUAUUACUUUAAUCUUCUCUACGAGUUACGAUAGAAACCGUAGAGGUUUCAUUCCAAACACAAUGCCUAUUUCCAACGGUGACUCCCUGGGCAGAGCUAUGAAGGCGGAGUUCCAGGACUACACCAAGGCCCUGGAGGUCUUGGAGACCUACCCCAGCAGAGAUGGUCUUGAUGUUGACACUCUGUUGGACUCGGAUAAGCACGGUGCAUUGACUUACAAUGACUUCCUUAUCCUGCCGGGUUACAUCGGCUUCCCUGCUUCCGAUGUCACUCUGGACACCCCCGUUACCAAGCGCAUCUCCCUCAAGGUUCCCCUUGUGUCUUCCCCCAUGGACACUGUCACCGAGCACAACAUGGCUAUCCACAUGGCCCUUCUCGGUGGUCUGGGUAUCAUUCACCACAACUGCUCUCCCGAAGACCAGGCAGAGAUGGUGAGAAAGGUCAAGAGAUACGAAAACGGUUUCAUCUUGGAUCCCGUUGUGCUGUCUCCCAAGGCCACUGUCGGAGAGGCCAAGGCCCUCAAGACCAAGUGGGGAUUCGGUGGUUUCCCUGUGACUGAGGAUGGAACUCUCCGCUCUAAGCUUGUUGGAAUGGUCACCUCCCGAGACAUCCAGUUCCACCUCAACCUUGAGGACCCUGUUACCGCCAUCAUGGCAACUGACCUCGUCACUGCCCCCGCCGGCACAACUUUGGCCGAGGCCAACGAUGUCCUUCGUCAGUCGAAGAAGGGCAAGCUGCCCAUCGUUGAUGAGAACGGCAACCUUAUCUCUUUGCUGUCUCGCAGUGACUUGAUGAAGAACCUUCACUACCCCUUGGCCUCCAAGCUCCCUCAGUCCAAGCAGCUUAUCUGCGCUGCUUCCAUUGGUACUCGUGAGGAGGACAAGACCAGACUCCAGCUUCUCGUUGAUGCUGGUCUUGACAUUGUUAUCCUGGACAGCAGCCAGGGUAACAGCAUGUACCAGAUCGCUAUGAUCAAGUACGUUAAGGAGACCCACCCUGAGAUCGAUGUUAUUGCCGGUAACGUCGUGGUGAGAGAACAAGCCGCAGCUUUGAUUGCUGCCGGUGCCGAUGGCCUGAGAAUUGGCAUGGGUAGCGGUAGUGCUUGUAUCACCCAGGAGGUCAUGGCCGUCGGUCGUCCCCAGGCUCUCUCCGUGCGCAGCGUUUCUGCUUUCGCUGCCCGCUUCGGUGUUCCCUGCAUUGCUGACGGUGGUGUCCAGAACGUUGGUCACAUCGUCAAGGGUCUUGCCAUGGGUGCUUCAACUGUCAUGAUGGGUGGUCUCCUUGCCGGUACCACCGAAUCUCCUGGCGAGUACUUCGUCAGCAACGAAGGCCAGCUCGUCAAGGCCUACCGUGGAAUGGGCAGUAUCGCCGCCAUGGAGGACAAGAAGGCCGGCAAGGGUGCAACCAACAGCAAGGCCAGCAACGCCGGAACAGCCCGUUACUUCUCUGAGAAGGCUGGUGUCCUUGUCGCUCAGGGUGUUGCCGGCUCUGUCCUCGACCGUGGCUCUGUCACCAAAUUCAUUCCUUACCUCGUUGCCGGUGUCCAGCACUCCUUGCAGGACAUUGGUGUCAAGAGCCUUGCUGACUUCCACGAGGGUGUCAACAACGGCACCGUCCGCUUCGAGGUGCGCAGUGCUAGCGCAAUGACCGAGGGUAACGUCCACGGUCUGCACAGCUACGACAAGAAGCUCUACGCUUAGGUUUAUUGAAAAAACUAAACUCGGGUGUUUUAUUUUUCUUUUUUAAUUGUUAAUGAGCUUUGUUCAUAUGUUCACACGAUGAUACGUGGUUGGGGUAUUAGAGGUAAAAAAAAAAUGAGGGAUAGGAGUUCGAUGUGAUGUGGAAUUGUCCACUGACGGGUGUUUUGUUAUUUUUGUCUGCACUUGGUCCAAUUCGACGCAUCUCAUACAUAGCAUGACUUGAUGAAAUUGAAUCAUUCAACACGACUAUUUCCAUUUCUUUCCAACUUGUAUAUUCGGUACCUUGAAUUCUGCAGCCCAGAGGCCAGAGCACCCGGCGGUGGGCUAAACCAGAACCGGCAACGCCGAACGCGGGGUACGGCUACUGUAAGG